GGUCUUCGUCGAGUCUUCAGCAGUGCAUCAUGUUUCCGACCUGAUGUUGACCAAGACCAUGGCGUUGUGUAUAUCGAGAGCCCGUCAAAGACCAAUGUCACUAACAAGAAGCAGCCGAUGGUGAAUCAGGUCGAGAUGAACCAUUUUGGAGAGACCUCCAAUCCACUGCCUCCCUCAGCCCUGGAUGGCAUGGCUGACAGGAUCCGUGAAUCUCUUGGUGCAAUGGGCACUCUCUUGUCUGCAAUGAAAGCCCCACUCCCAACUGGCACGGGUGAUGGUUCAGCGUUACCGGUAGAGAAGGACGAGACGAUGGCUUCCACUCUUAAGACCGUUGUCCAGGAUGUUUCUCAUCUUGGAUUCAACACCGUCGAAAAGGUCGCAAAAAUGACCAUCAAGACCAAGAAUGGAGAGUACAUCGACGACAAGGAAUACCUCAUGGAGUAUCUCAUCGGCGCCGCCCAGGCCCUUCCAAACGAUGUGGUCGGCCAAAAACUCACAAAUGGCUUUGUUACAACUCUCUGGAACGACCUCGACCAUCCUCCAAAGGCUUUUAUGAGUGACAAAUACCAGUACCGCAGUGCAGAUGGUUCUGACAACAGCUAUCUUCAUCCUCGUCUGGGAGCCGCUCAUGAAUCUUAUGCUCGUACCGUCAAGCCGGCGACCAUUCAACCAGGCAAUCUACCCGAUCCAGCUGUCUUGUUUGAUGUACUCAUGGCUAGAGAUAAGCCUACCGAGCACCCCAACCAAAUUUCCAGCAUGUUGUUCUAUCUGGCAUCGAUCAUCAUCCAUGAUCUGUUCAAAACGAACCACAAAGAUUUCCGAAUUUCUGACACUUCAUCCUACCUUGAUUUGUCCCCACUUUAUGGCAGCGAUCAGAGCGAACAAGACACAAUCAGAACGUUCAAAGACGGCAAAAUUAAGCCCGACUCGUUUGCUGAGACUCGUCUUCUGUCCUUCCCUCCUGGAGUUGGCGUGAUCAUGAUCAUGUUCAAUCGUUUCCACAACUACAUCGUGGAGCAGCUUGCUCUCAUAAACGAGAACAGCAGGUUUACCCGACCCGCUGAGGAUGCAGCGAAGGAGAAAUGGACCAAGUACGACAACGAUCUAUUCCAGACUGGCAGACUGAUCACUUGUGGUCUGUACAUCAACAUUAUUCUGAUCGACUACGUGAGAACGAUCUUGAACCUCAACAAGACAGAUUCUGAUUGGUCUCUCAACCCACGCGCCGAGUUCCCCGGCCAGCCUGACCUUGGUUGUGGCAAUCAAGUCAGUGCCGAAUUCAAUUUGGUUUACCGCUGGCACUCAGCAGUGUCAGACAAAGACGACAAGUGGACGCAAGAGCUGUUCGCCAAACUCUUCCCUGGAAGGAAGCCAGACGAGGUUCCUCAGUUGGAGUUUUUGAAAACACUGGGCCAUAUGGAGGUUGAUCUCAGGGCCCAAGAUCCUGCAGAGCGCAACUUCCACGACAUCAAGAGAAAUGCUGAUGGCACCCUGCCAGACGACACACUUGCUCAGAUUCUAGUUGAGGGUAUCGAGGACUGUGCCAAUGCUUUCGGACCCCGCCAAGUACCUCUGGUCAUGAAGCAGAUCGAAGUGCUGGGCAUUAGACAAGCAAGAGCUUGGAAUCUCGCGACUCUCAACGAGUUCAGAAAGCACUUCUCCCUGAAGCCUUACUCCACGUUUGAAGAGAUUACUGCUGACAAGGAGAUUUCUGAGUCUCUAAAGCACUUGUAUGAUCACCCUGACAACGUUGAGCUGUAUCCUGGACUAGUCGUUGAAGACGCAAAGUACGCAAUGCGUCCUGGAUCGGGACUCUGCCCCUCAUACACAACUUCUCGCGCCAUUCUUUCCGAUGCGACUGUCUUGGUUCGUGGUGAUAGAUUCUACACGACCUCCCACCAUCCCGCAGCACUUACCAACUGGGGAUUCGCUGAGCAAGGCUCCGAUCUCAAGAUCAACCAUGGUUGUGUCAUGUACAAGCUCUUCAUGAAGGCUUUCCCUAACCACUUCCGCCCCGAUUCGGUCUACGUUCACUUUCCCUUCACUGUACCUUCGGAGAUGAAGUUGAUCUUGACCGGUCUAGGCAAGGCUCACAAGUACAACUUCGACAGACCGACUCGUCUUCCACCGACCAAGAUGUUGUUCUCUUACGAUGCUGCAAAGAAGGUCCUUUAUGAUCAAGAUGCGUUCAAAGUGUACUGGGGACCAAAGAUAGAAUUCCUCAUGGGUCCUUCGGCGAAGAGCUUCAUGCUUGCGGGCGACACACAAGUCAACACAGCUUCUCGCGAUAUGAUGGAGCAGGCUCUGUAUCUCGGCAAGUUCUCCCGCAAAGAGCCCACAGGACACGAGAAAUGGCUCCUUGAGGUCCGCAAGUUUUAUGAAGAGCACACCACUAUGCUGCUGCAGAGAAACUCGUACACGCUUGCUGGCACUAACUACGUGGAUCUCAUCCGUGAUGUGUCCAACAUUGUACAUGUGCACUUCUGCUCGGAGGUUUUCAAUCUACCACUCAAGACGGAAGACAACCCAGAUGGCGCUUUCACAGAGAAACAAAUGUAUCUUGUGAUGGCAGCUGUCUUUGCAUGUGUUUUCUUCGAUGUCGAUCCGGAACACUCAUUUGCUCUGCGACAAGGCGCCCACGAUGCGAUCCAAGCUGUCGGAAAGCUUAUGGAGAUGCAGGUUCAAGCCCUGGCAAAGCUCCCACAUCUGAAUGAGGCCGUUGACCGCAUUAGUGAGUGGUGGUCUGGCAAGGAUCGUUCAGUCCUCACCCAGUAUGGCAAGCACAUGAUCGAGCGCCUGUUGAAGACUUCGGGUAUGGAUGUGCACGAGCUCGUGUGGGCACAGAUUAUUCCUACCGCAGGUAGCAUGUGCGCCAACCAAGGUCAAUUCUUCGGACAAGUGAUCGCCUGGCUCUUCAGCGACGGUCGCGAAUACCUUCCCGUGCUUCACGAACUCGCUGUCCAAGACACUCCAGAGGCUGAAGAGAAGAUGAUUCGCUACUUCCUCGAGUUCUCGCGUCUGCACAGCGAGACUGGCGUUUACCGUACCGUCGCCAAGGAGAUGAUCGUCGAAGACAUGGAUCGCAGAGUCAAGCUCAACGUCGGCGACACAGUCGCCCUCAACUUCCGCUCUGCAUCUCGCGACCCUACCAUCUUCCCCGAUCCAGAGGCCAUCAAGUUGGAUCGCCCUAUCGACUCAUACAUCCACCUAGGCCAAGGACCCCACCAAUGCCUCGGGCAACCCAUGACGCUGGUCGCCAUGGGCGCCAUCCUCAAAACGCUCUGCAAACUGCCCAACCUCCGUCCGGCACCCGUCUGGCCGGGCCCCGUCGACAGCGUCAANAAAGUCGUCAAGGACUUUUCGGCGCUCGCUCCUGACGUCGACUUCAAACCCGAAUGGCAGUACCACUGUUACCUGCUCGAGGACUGGGACCAAUACUUCCCUUUCCCUGCGAGCUUGAAGAUCUGCUAUGAUGGCCAGGCUGCUUAG